AAUCAUUGACGUGGUCGUCGUGGUGUUUCAAUUGCAGUAAAUUCUUGCAGCUCUUCCUUCCCGCUAGCUAGGGUUUACGGCAGCUGCCCGUCCAUCUCCGGCGAUCGUGUGAUGGCGUGGGGCGACGAGACCGUGGGGCUGGAUGUGGCCUCUGCCGGUCUCCAUAUCAGCGAGCGCAUUGGCAGGGACGUCGCCGGCCGCCUCGACCUCGAGGAGGCUAUCGAAGCCUCGCGCUACGCCAGUCACCCCUACUCUACCCUUCCCAAAGAGUGGCCUUCUAUAGUUGAAGUUGCAGAUACACGUGAAUUACCUCUGGCUCUAAUUGAAAGAUAUAAUGCAUCUGGUGGUGAAGGAACAGCCAUUUGUGGAAUUUUCCCAGAGAUACGAAGAGCUUGGGCUUCAGUUGAUGAUUCUCUGUUUCUUUGGCGUUUCGAUAAAUGGGAUGGACAAUGCCCUGAGUACAGUGCUGAUGAACAAGUUAUUUGCGCUGUCAGCCUUGCCAGAACAAGGCCUGGAAUUUUUGUUGAAGCGAUACAGUAUCUCUUAGUGUUAGCAACUCCUGUUGAGUUGAUUCUCAUUGGAGUAUGCUGCAUGGCUAGUGGAGAUGGAUUAGAUCCAUUCGCAGAGAUUUCACUGCAACCAUUACCUGAGUAUAGAAUUCCUUCAGAUGGAGUUACUAUGACCUGCAUCACAUGCACAGAUAAAGGCCGUAUAUUUCUAGGUGGUCGUGAUGGCCAUAUUUAUGAAAUGCAAUACUCAACUGGCUCAGGCUGGCGUAAACGUUGCCGGAAGGUUUGCCUUACAACUAGUUUCGGAAGUCUUCUAUCAAGAUGGAUCUUGCCAAAUGACUUUAAGUUUGGGGCUGCUGAUCCAAUAGUGGACAUGGUUGUUGAUAACGAGAGGCAUAUCCUUUAUACAAGAACAGAAGCUAUGAAACUGCAAGCAUUUGAUCUUGGAGGAGAUGGGCAGGGUCUUGUAUCAAAAAUUGCUGAAGGGAAAAAUUUUAUUGAUUCACGUGAGACACAGCAUGGAGCUAGACGGUCUACUGGAUCAAGAGCUGUUGCACGUGGCGGAAAACCAACAAUUGUUUGUAUAGCUCCAUUAUCUACGAUUGAAUCAAAGAGGUUGCACAUGAUUGCUAUUCUGUCAGAUGGAAGGAGACUAUAUCUCUCUACUUCUUCAGGCGGAAAUAGCUCUUCCAUUGGUGGUUCUUCACAAAGGCCUUCAAGUCUAAAAGUGAUUGUGACUAGGCCUUCACCUCCAAUAGGGGUGGGAGGUGGGCUUAAUUAUGGUACCACGCCUACAUCUGGUAGGGUUCAACCUGAGGAUAUGACUUUAAAGGUGGAAGCAGCUUUUUAUUCAGCUGGCACUCUGGUACUCUCAGAUUCAUCAGCAUCAAAUAUGUCUUCUCUUCUGAUUGUGAAUCAGGAUUCCAGUGGGCAACCAUCUGCUUCUAACAAUUUUGGGAUGAAUUCAAGAAACAAUCGUGCUUUACGUGAAUUAGUAUCAUCUUUGCCUAUUGAAGGGAGGAUGCUUUUUGCGGCAGACAUUUUACCCCUGCCAGAUAUUGCGCUAACGGUGCAAUCUUUAUUCUCAGACGCAGAAGCUUUUGCUGGUUUGUGUGAAUCAUCUGAAACAGCUUCUGGGAAACUUUGGGCCAGAGGAGAUCUUCCCACCCAGCAUAUCCUUCCAAGGAGAAGGGCUGUGGUAUUCAGUGCCACAGGUCUAAUGGAGUUAGUAUUCAACAGGCCUGUUGACAUUCUGAGAAGAUUAUUUGAGUCUAAUGUUCCACGAUCACACAUUGAAGAAUUUUUUAAUAGAUUCGGAUCUGGAGAAGCUGCAGCAAUGUGUUUAAUGCUGGCAGCAGAUUUGGUAUUCACUGAAGGAAAUCUUCUAAGCAGUACUGUUUCUGAAAAGGCAGCUGAAGCAUUUGAGGAUCCUGGGUUGGUUGGAAUGCCACAAUUUGAUGGUACCACUGGUUUGACAAGUGCUAGGUCAACGUCUGGAGGUUUUAGCAUGGGCCAAGUUGUGCAGGAGGCUGAACCCUUGUUUUCUGGUGCACAUGAAGGACUUUGCUUAUGCUCGUCUAGGCUGCUUUUUCCUUUAUGGGAACUGCCUGUCAUGGUAGUCCGUGGUAAAGUAGGUCCUGAUGGUCGUUAUGAAGAAGGGGUUAUUCUCUGCAGACUUUCAGUUGAUGCAAUGAAGAUUCUUGAAAUUAAAAUUCAUUCUUUAGAGCAAUUUUUAAGAUCUAGAAGAAACAAGAGAAGGGGAUUAUAUGGUUAUGUCGCUGGUAUAGGAGAUUAUUCUGGUUCUAUUCUCUAUGGAGAAAGAAACUGGUUUGGCGCACAGACAAGAAAUGCUGAUUCUGGAAAUGUUAGUGCAACGAGUAAGAGGCAGCGGCUUUCUUAUACUCCAUCAGAAUUGGCUGCCAUGGAGGUGAGAGCAAUGGAAUGUCUUAGGCGUUUGUUGAGGAGAUCUAGAGAAGCACUUUUCUUACUUCAAAUACUGUGCCAACACAAUGUUGCUCGCCUAGUUCAGGGUCUUGAUAAUAAUGCCCGUCAGAAAUUAAUUCAGUUAACAUUCAAUCAGAUGGUGUGUUCAGAGGAGGGUGAGCAACUUGCCAAUCGACUUAUUACUUCACUUAUGGAGUACUACAUUGGCCCAGAUGGCAAAGGCACAGUGGAUGAGAUCAGCGAGAAUCUAAGAGAGGGUUGUCCAAGUUAUUACAAGGAGUCUAACUACCACUAUUUCUUAGCAGUGGAGUAUCUUGAGAAAGCUUUUGUAACUAUGAAUGCACUUGAGAAGGAAAGUCUAGCAAGGGAUGCUUUCAAACUCCUUAUAAAAUGUCCAGAAUCUUUAGAUCUGACCCAUCUUGUUACUAUAUGCAAAAGAUUUGCAGACUUAAGAUUUUUUGAAGCUGCAGUCCGGUUACCUCUUCAGAAGGCUCAAGCUUUUGACAGCAAGGCUGACAUGGUCAACCUCAAUGGUGAUUCAGGUCAUCAAGUUGAUAAACUAGUUCUUCGUGAACAAUGCUAUGAAAUAGUAAUGGAUUCCCUUCGUUCAUUAACGGGAAGAAAUGGAAACAGUAAAGAGUUUAACAGUUCUCAAGUUGCAUCUGGGCCUUCACUUGAUCAGGCUACUCGGGACAAUUAUAUUCGACAAAUAAUUCAGCUUUGUGUCCAAUGGCCUGACACAGCAUUUCAUGAACAUUUAUAUAGGACCCUAAUUGACUUGGGCCUUGAAAAUGAGUUGUUAGAGUAUGGGGGUUCCGAUUUGGUCCCUUUUCUACAGAGUGCUGGCCAUAAGCUUAUACAGGAUGUUCAAGCUGUCAAUGCUGUAAGAUCAGCAUCACCUUCAGUAGGAGAUCCAAGGGCACCUAGUCAGGCCAAAUAUUAUAAUCUUUUGGCAAGAUAUUAUUCCCUCAAGCGGCAGCAUCUACUUGCUGCUCAUGUACUAUAUAAGUUGGCAGAAAUGGGCUCCGAGUCUGCAGAGUCCCCUACUUUGGCUCAGAGACUUCUAUAUCUUAGCAAUGCAAUUAUUCAAGCAAAAACUGCAAAUAGCACUAUUAGUUCUGUUCAUUCAAGCACGGAUGCCACAGAUGAUGGCUUACUUGAUUUGCUUGAAGCAAAGCAUGCCGUUCUUCGUUUCCAAAUCAAAAUUAAAGAGCAGCUGGAACCGAUAGUAUCAAUGCUAGAAAACACUCCAGGGAGCAGUGAAAUUGCUCCGGAUGAUCCAUCUCCCUGGAGCAACCUCAUAGUCAAUGAGAACAUUGCUGAGAGUGCCAAGGAGAGGGUAAAAGAGUUAUCACAGGAGCUGAAGAGCAUUAGUCAACUUUAUAAUGAGUUUGCCAUUCCAUUUAAGCUUUGGGAGAUAUGCCUGGAAAUGCUCAACUUUUCAAAUUAUUCUGGCGAUGCUGAUAGCAAAAUUGUUCGGGAGACCUGGGCAAGGCUUCUUGAUCAAGCUCUUUCUAGAGGUGGAGUUGCAGAAGCAUGUUCUUCUGUAAAGAGGGUUGGUUCAAAUAUCUAUACUGGAGAGGAAGGUCGGUUACCUUUAGAGAUUAUUUGUCUUCAUCUUGAGAUGGCUGCUUCGGAACGUGUGACUUCAGGAGUAGAAUUUGUUGGCGAUGAGGAUAUUGCUAGGGCACUUCUCACUGCUUGUAAAGAUGAGCCGAAGCCUGUUUUAAGUGCAUAUGAUCAGCUUUUAUCAAAUGGAGCUAUUUUACCUUCACCAAACCUGAAACUCCGUCUUCUGAGAUCUGUUCUGGUGGUUCUCCGAGAGUGGGUUAGAUCUGUAUUUGCGAUUACAUUAGGAACCACAGCUGCUGGUGCUGCUUCAAUUCUAGGUGGAGCACUCUCAUUACAACAGAGAGCAAUCAUCAAUCAAGGCGCUCGAGAUAAGAUAACAAGUUUAGCAAACAGGUACAUGACUGAGGUACGCUGCUUGCCACUCCCGCAAAAUCUGAUCGAGCCGGUUUACAAAGGCUUUCGAGACCUUGAACAAGUUCUUUUUUCCAACGACUUUCAGCAACACUUCAGGUGAUACUGUGCAUCAUAGGGAGAAUUGUGAGUUGGGCUGUGCCACUUGACAACAAAGUUGCAGUUUUAUUUUCCUACAACUUCCUGCGGCUCUCUUUGGGUUAUUGCGUACCAUAAGGAGACUUUGUAUUCUGUUGUCGCACACUACCUUGUAUCACAUUUGAUCAAGUAAAUUUUUUACCUGAGGUAUUUAUUCUGCAACAAUGAACGUUUAGUCGCUCUUCUUCACCAUUGGUAAAAUAAAUUCUUCGAUACCACAGGUAAGUUUACUAACCAAAUAAAUUUCGAUGUUUUUAGUAAAUGUUGGAUAACCUUAUUGUUCAAAUAUUGUUUUGGUGUAUGAUAUCCUGUACUGCAAUUUUUCAUACCACACAUUUAACUUUAAGAACUACUUGAAAUACAUACCUAACUUUUAUAUUUAUCAUAGAGUGCAUUAGUUUUUCUAAUCGUGAGCAUGUGCAGUUGCGAAAUUGUGGCCAAGUGCGGCUGCGAAAUGGUGGUCAGCCAGUUGCAAAAUUGCAGCUAGCCAACCGACUGUCUGGCUGCUGUUUGUGGCAAUUGUGAUUUCAUGCCCAGGCUGUAAGCUCGUGGUCAGUUUGGCUGUGAUUUCACACUCGCGGCCCUGCUUGGUUGUGAUUUUGCUGCAAAGAAUAAUAACUUGUUUUAUUAGUCAUCUUCAAGAUGACAAAACAUGACAAUGACCACCACCCUUUCCCUAUCAAAGCAAGAAAGCCAUUAUUUCAUAAUAUAUAUAAUUUUGAGGAAAGAAAUCUUUCUUACAUAAUCCACAAUCCAAAAUAUGUAUAAGAAUCUUGGUGACCUACCAAGACAAUUUUUUUUAUUUAAAAAAUCUCAUUGUCUGGACACAAAAUACAACCACCAAAAGAAAAGUUAAAGGUGUUCAUCAUCAAAUAAUAGCUUUACAUGAUUAAUAAUACUUAUUGUUCUUGGUCCCUACAGGUGAAGCUAGCAAAUCCUCUAUUUUAUUUUAUUGUUCUUCCUGUUUCUCUCAAUUCAUAUCUCGAUCCAAUUAAAUCAUUCUAUUGCAAUUUUUUUCCUUCCAAUUUUUGGUUGACCUGGCUGUGCAAUCUUCUUUGAUUAUAUUUGAGAAGCUGGUGCCGUCUAGAAAAUGCUCCUGAGCUGUAGAGAUGAAUCCAAUUAAUAAUAACAUGAAAGCUCAAAGAUCCAAUCUAGAUAUCAAAUUUGAGAAAACUGUCAACACAAUCGAAAACCCUAAUAGUAUGCAUUCAAGUUCUUGUCCACUUUAACUGUAUUUAUUGUUCUUGCUUUAUGGAAGAUGUAUUUUUGAAUGAAUUCAAACAGAUGAGAGAAAGGCCAAGCUUACAGUUUCAGACAACUUUCUGGAUGUGGAAUCUUGCCCUCAGGAGACUGCUUUCCUUGCCACUCUUCUUCCGAGUUUGGAACAGCAAGCACAGACGAAAACAUAGGCUGCUGCGUCACCAUCUAACUGGUUCAGCAUGCUGGAUGCUCUUAGUCCUCCCCUCGACCAUAUCAGCCAUGUAUUGCACCAUAGCCUGCCAUAGAGGAAAAUACAAAGUUUUGUUUGAGAGUUGCCUAUCAGGCAAAUUGACUAGACUGCUGUAUGUACAUCUUAGCUUAGCUAUUCAUGUGCUCCUAGCUUUACGAUGUA